GCGUCACAAAUAGCGUAAGACAAACUCCCACUGAUAGAAUUCAACAAACACCUCCACACCGAGUUUCGAUCGUCCGAUCCGUUCACAUCAUCAAAUCGAAACUCCUCAGAAGAAGAAGGAGAAGAUGAAGAAGGAAGACACGGUGAAGCUGAUCAGCGCGGAGGGCUUCGAGUUCGUGAUCGACAAGGAAGCUGCCAUGGUUUCGCAGACCAUCCGCAACAUGCUCACCUCUCCGGGGAGUUUUGCUGAAACACAGGAUGGAAAAGUGACAUUCCCUGAGAUAAGCACCACCAUUUUGGAGAAGAUCUGCCAAUAUUUUUAUUGGUCUCUUCAGUAUGCCAGGUUCUGUUUUUUCUUUAGUAAUUUGUAUUCUUUUGUGGAGACAUUAUUGCAGUCUAUUGAUGUAUUUACUUGUCUUUUGAUACUGUAAAUUUGGAUGCAAAAUCCGAGUUUUGUCGACUAUGUGUAUUGGUUAAUUUUUAAAGUUUGGUUUACUUUGAGAAACAAGUACUCUAUGUUGAAAUUAUGCUUCGCAAGUUUAUUAGUGUUCAAUGGAGCAGUAGCUCUAUAAGAAUUUAAAAGCUGCUUUUCUCUACUUGCAUUAUUGAAGAAUGUCAUCCGUUCCAUGUGGGAAAUGACUAUUUUGUUGAUAGGAUCUUAGCUUUAUAGUGAGAUGGGCAGUGCUUCAGUCAUCAUUGUUGAGUUCAUUUUACAUAUUUUGAAGACAAGUACAUGCUUUUGAUCCUCUCUAUGUCAGUUUUU